CUGCUCAGUAUAGAAAAGCAACCUGCCUGUUCGCCAAGGCAACGUUUCAAAGCAGAAGAAAUGCCUCGAAAUAGUGCAUCCGAUAUGCAAGAUGGAAUGUGUAUUGCCAGCGAAAUGACAAAAUGUGCGGACGCCGAUGCUUCUCCGCGCUCCGAUGGUUUCAUCUUCGGUCCAAAAUGCCACUUGCUUAACUGACAUACGAGGAUAGAGGCGUAAAUAGUCAUUGAUAAAGGAAAAUCAAGCGAAUCUACAAAUAUGAACGGUACGCUGCUUAAAAAGCGAAGGCUGGACUGUGUGUAUGCGGCGUGGUUACAGAGAUAUGGCUACCUCCACAAGACCCAGCCUAACAUGGCUGUCCUGCGAUCAGCCCAAACCAUGCAUUCUGCUAUUGCUGCCAUGCAGCACAAGUAUGGACUAAACAUCACAGGGAGUCUAGACAAGGAGACAAUAGACUGGAUGAAGAAACCCAGAUGUGGGGUACCAGACCUGCUUGGCGGCAUAUCUGGAUCCCGCAGGAAGAAGCGCUAUGCACUAACUGGACAGAAGUGGCAACGCACACACAUCACAUACAGUUGCCAGUCACCGCCAGCAGGUAAUGACCUGUUCCUUGUGGCGGUCCAUGAGCUUGGUCAUGCUUUGGGACUGGAGCAUUCUAAUGACCCUACGGCUAUAAUGGCUCCAUUCUAUCAGUAUAUGGACACCGAGAGCUUCAAACUGCCUCAUGAUGAUCUACAGGGCAUCCAGAAAAUAUAUGGUCCUCCAGACAAAAAUCCUCAGCCUACAAGAUUGCUUACGACCGCUACGCCUCCUCGCCUGCACCUACCAACUGACCCUCGAAAGCAUGACCGACAGGGUCGCCCUCAUCGCCCUCCGCAGAAGUCAAAACCAGCCCACCCCAACUCCAAACCCAACAUCUGUGACGGAGGUUUCAACACUUUGGCAAUCCUACGACAGGAGCUGUUUGUCUUCAAGGAUCAGUGGUUCUGGAGGGUGCGAGAUAACUCUGUGGUGCCUGGAUAUCCGAUGCAAAUUAGCUUCUUCUGGAGAGGUCUGCCUCCCAAGAUCGAUGCUGUCUACGAAAACAGCGAGGGGAAGUUUGUCUUCUUUAAAGGCAACCGGUUCUGGGUGUUUAAGGAUACAACUCUACAGCCCACAUAUCCUCAGGACAUUUCUCUUUUUGGCAAUGGAAUGCCCACACAGAGCAUUGAAACAGCUGUUUGGUGGGAAGACGUGGCCAAAACCUACUUCUUCAAAGGGGACAGAUACUGGAGGUACAAUGAGGAUAUGAGAACCAUGGACCCUGGAUAUCCAAAACCUAUUACUGUGUGGAAAGGCAUCCCAGACUCUCCACAGGGAGCCUUUGUGGACAAAGAAAAUGGAUUCACAUACUUCUACAAGGGGAAGGAGUAUUGGAAGUUCAACAAUCAGAGGCUAAGAGUGGAGACAGGCUACCCCAGAUCUAUCCUGCGUGAUUUUAUGGGCUGCGACGGCUUACCUGCCGACCCCGACUGGGACUGGAGCCCUCCAGAGGAAGAAGAACCGCCACAAUAUGACAAUGAUGACGUUGAUAUCGUACUCAAGCUGGAGAGCAGCGGUGGAGCAGAGAAAGCGGUGGCCAUCGCCAUCCCCUGCGUCCUGGCCCUGUGCAUGAUGGUGCUGCUUUACACCGUGUUCCGCUUCAAGAGGAAGGAUACGCAGCGCCACCUACUGUACUGCAAGCGAUCCAUGCAGGAGUGGGUCUGAGAAUUAAAGGUCCCACUUCUUCUGCUAAAACUAGUUUCAUCUUAAAAAUCCCUUCAAAGGUCAAAAAUUGGCUCAUCUUGAGGCGCUGACUUUGUCGGUAUUUGUUGGCAGAAACGAAGGAUGACAUAAACGAACAGCAUGCCAACUUCCUGUUCCCAUUGUCAGCCUUCGUAGAUGGCAAUGUGUCGUUUUUGUUUGGUUUUGGAACUCUGUGUGGCUUUGGCGGCCAUUUUGGUUCCUAGAGUCCAAUGCGGGAGUAAACUGUUCCUCUACAAAUCAUAAUUAUGAACUUUUCAAUUGAUUUGAGAAUUAUUUAUCAUCGGACUGCUGAUCUAGAUACUCCAUAAAGAUUGAACUCACCUGUGUCACUUCGAAAUACUUGCUUGUGUUGAAAAAACUGAUACCCAAACCAAAUAUGCCCUUAGUGUCCAAAGAGGAUUGCUUCAUUCACAUGGAAUAUUCUGAGAUCCCUCGGGGAUUAUCGAUGACUGGCUUAUCGAUCAUUAUUUGAGUUCCAUUUGGCUGCAUUCAUGUGCAGAAUAUAUGGGAUCUAUCUGCUUGGAAAUCAGAAGGACCUUGACAUAUAAUAUCGGGGCUACAUGCAAUAUUUCGUCGAAUGCCUUAAUCACAUAUUGAGUUUAUUUUUCUGUGUGUUAGUGUACACGUGCCUGUGUGAAUGUGACCCCUUUCCAUUAAUUCCUUUCCUUAUCACUGUUCUUUUGAUGCACUACUGACUGACAGAGAUUUGCAGUAAGGUUUGAAGUGCCGCUGACUGUUUAAAUGUUUAAUUGAAAACAAGUGUAUGGCUGGUGUCCAUGUUCUGUGCUGCUGCGUUGUUAAAAAGACUCUAAAGCUGCAGCACAGAACACUAGACUUUUGGUUAAGUGCUUCCAAUCAAUUCAUAGGGAAUUUAUUAAACGGAAGAAUGCUGUUGAGCAGAAAUACCUAAUGAACCUUCCUUGAGAAUCAGAUUAUCAACCAUAAAAAAUUACAUGAAAAUGUUAAAGUUAUAUAUAAAAACACUUAUAUUAGCGAUGUUUUCAAUGCAAUAUGUAGGCUAGAUUUGCAUUUCCUGAACAAAAUACUUGUGCUUGCAAGGCAGCAAGUGAAUUGUGGUAAAGUUUUGGGUAAAUUUAGCUUUUGAGCUUUGGUUCGGUGAAUGAAGCUGCAUCAUCAGCACCACUCAUGUAUCUUCUGUUGACCGUGUUCGAGAACCAACCAAUAAUAUAAGAAAGUCUUUGAGGUAUAAAGCCAAAAUUGACACGAAAACUGCAUUGCCAUAUUCCAUUCAUUAUUGUGCAUGAACACAGUUGUUCGACACAUGCACACUAGUAAGUUUCAUCUUUGUUCAGUGUCUCUGCUACUGUACUUCACAAUUUACUACCAAAUUAUAUGUAAUAUCCAAUGAAUUAAACCUACACUGAAAUGCACACUUUGCUUUAACAUCACACAAUUUUGAGGCAUGUGAGUUUCUGAACAUGAAUGAGCAUCAAAUACUGCUCUGAAGUGCA